AUGCAGCUCCUGGACUUGCCAGAUGAAGAUGCCCGAAAAGCUACCAAGGAGUGGCUUGCAUCUCUGGACAAGAAUCCCACAGAGCUUCUGGCCAAUUUGCAUGCGCAAUCGGGCGUGAGACGCUUAGGCUUCUAUGCAGCGGCAUUGACUCAGUUCUGGCUCGAACAUGGCCCCGUGUGGGACACGAAGCGCUCCCUCAGCGCUGUUCAACUUAGUGCAGGAGGGCGAUCCAGGCAAACUGCUGGACAAUUGAAGCUUGUGUGCUUGCGUCCGGGGGAAGCGCUUCAUGUCGAGUCGUCGGUGAAGUUUUUCGCAGAUGCUUCUUCCGAAGUUCCACAGAUGCCAGCAUGCACUAGUUCUUAUGUUGGACCCUUUCUUCAUGAGAACUUGGCUUGGCGAUUGGCAGAGGCUCGUCGCAAAGUCACAUGCACAGAAAGUGCCUCCGUACAAGAGUUCCUCCGCAAGGAAUUGGGUGAAGUGCAAAUUCGUUCGGUCUAUUUGCUGAAGGGUUUCAUUUUCCAACCAUUGGACGACUUCCUGACGUCACGUCGCUUGUGCAACCCACCAGCAGAGCUGAAUCCAGAAUGUUCCACCGGAUGGUAUGCCACAAAUAUCAAAGAAGCCGUGGCUAAGAUGGUCCCAGGUGCUCGAAUGGCGGUACUCCCGAAGUUGUUUUGGCUUAGCCCUGUGGUGGCAUCAGGGGAACCUCCGCAGAUUUGGGGAGAAGAAUUGCCUGGGCAACAAGAAGCUGUAGCGACGGACUGGCCGCAGAAAAUUCAAGAAGAUGUGGAAGAGCACUUCACGAGAGUUCAUACUGCCCUGUUGCUGUGUGAAUUGGUACCGGUUGGUAAUGGCUGGAUGGAGAACUCCAGGGGCUUCAUUCUCCCACCUGUGUGGGAUCCGCGAAGUCUGAUGACAGGCAAGCCGCAAGGCAUGAAAAGCUCUGCCGAAGCUGACGCUUCACUCGCCAAUUCGCAAGAACCAAGUAAGUGGUCCAACCAGCGGCGGAGAUAUUCGGAACGGCUGGCGGACACGGCCAGGAAGCAGGGACCAAGCCUUGCGGAUGCAGGAGUUCACGUCGCGGUGCCUCAGCGGCUAGAGGAGGAACUCACAGUUGACCACUUGGUGAACUAUGUCCUUGCCUCCACCAGAACAAAGAAAGGAACCGACCCCCAGCGGAUUCAACGGAAGCGUUCCUUACAUACUGCCAUGUGCGACAGGGAAGCGUUGGAAAAGGGAAAGGCCAGCUGUUUGGUGGCUGAGUCUUUGCAACGCCUAGCAGAGGAAAAGUAUCGUACUGAUGGGCAUUUUAUCCUGGAACUAAUGGUGAAGCCAUCAGAAGUUGGCUAUGCACCUGCUGAUUGUUCUGUUACCUUUGAAGCAGAUGGAGCUUCGGUUCGCAAGAUUUUGGAUUUGGGACUGGCAGGAGAUAUUUGUUUGCGCUUGGCUGUGAAGUUUGCAUUGCGUUUUUGCUUUCCAGCAGAUCCUGUGUCUCUAAAAGACUUGCCUCCAUUGAUAAAAGAUCAUCUUGCUGACCGAGCACGACUGGCUGGUUUGGUGGAGUACCUGGCUCUUUGCAACUCCCUGACGUUGCUGAAGGCACAAGCUGAGCCCAGAGAGGGGGAUGCGCCGCGAGACGUGGACACCAUGGACACCGUGGACACCGUGGAUCUCAAUCGAAUUCUUCAGAAACUCACUCUUCCACCUGCAGAUGCAGCUGUCUUGGAAUUGCUGUGCCAGCAUUGCACUGACUUUUGUGAGCCAGUAUCAUCAAUGCUACUUGCAUCUGGGCAACUGAAGUUGGCCAAAAAAAUCGAACGCCUCAAACAUGGCUGGAAGCCAGCUCUGAGUCCACUGGAUUCGCCCGGGGCGACUCCGUCAACUUUCCUGACUCCCUUGACUUUGCCACCCGAAGUGGAAGUGGUCUUAGUGUCCGAUGCUGCCACCUUGGAGAGCGCUUGCCGACGGGCGAAGCAAGGAGGUGUUGUGGGUUUGGAUGCUGAGUGGAAACCGGAAGAACGGCGCAGGGAUGGUCGACAGGAUCGCCAGGAUGUAGUGAAUCCUGUUCAGCUGCUGCAGCUUGCUUGGACUGAUGUGGUCUACCUGUUGGACAUUCCAUUGCUGAGAAUGGAACCAAAACUCCUGGAGCUGUGCGAUGAAUUGUGUGGUGACCGCUGCGUGCUUGUGGGUUUUGGCUUGGAAGGCGACUUGCGAAGAUUGGCAGACUCUUACCCUCAGCUGCUGUCAGCUUGGUCUUCUGCUUCUUUUUAUCACAUAGAUAUGUCUGACCUCUCGCCACGCGAAGUGACUUCUUUGGACGGCUUUUGUGCAUUCUGCUUGGGCCAAGCACUGGACAAGACGCAGCAGUGCAGCCGUUGGGAUUUGCGACCCUUCAGCGAUCAGCAGUUGAACUAUGCAGCAUUGGAUGCCUGGAUACUCUUGGCAUUGCUCGGGCACAUCAGCAAGGGUGCACCAUUCGAGCAGCUACACCAACUUGCAGCUUUUUCAGUUACAGAUGCGUUGAAGUUUGCUCGCAGAGGUUGUGCUGGCCUUGAUCGAGGUGUUUGUGCAGUGGCUGCCAUGCUUAAACUUCUGGGUGCUGAGAGCGCUCUGUGCCGCAGCUCCGACUGUCCUGGAGACGUGGCAGUUUGCAAAACGGUGGCGUGCACAGUCUUUUCUGCUUCAGGCGAACCAUCCUUUUGCAUGGUCGUUAUGGCAGACGGUGAUGGAACAGUGAGCUUGGAACGCUUAGCUGCUGCGGUGAACUGUACAUCUGCAAGGUUGACCAGCAGUGAGGAGCUGCGUGAAGAGAUCCGACAGCCAAGAGGAUCUGUUGGACCUGUGGGUCCUGUGCUAAAGUCUGCUUCUGCGCGCAUAGUCCUGGACGACUCGUUGAUGGGAUCCAAAGUGCUCUCAUGCGGUGCCGGAACAUCUGGAUGGCAGCUGCUGGUGACACCAAACCAGUUGCAGGAGUGGACACCUUGCAUCGUUUCUGCCAUCAAGGAGAUUGACUGA